UGCUCUUUUUACAUCUUGUCUCUUAAACAGAUGGCGGCGACAAAAGUUCCAGAAGUUCGUGAUAUCACACGAAUUGAGAGAAUUGGUGCACAUUCUCAUAUUCGUGGCCUUGGUUUGGACGAUGCUUUGGAGCCCAGACAGGUGUCCCAGGGGAUGGUGGGUCAGCUGGCCUCCCGUCGGGCGGCCGGCGUCAUCCUGGAGAUGAUCAAAGACGGACACAUCGCCGGCAGAGCCGUUCUUAUCGCGGGCCAACCUGGCACAGGAAAGACGGCCAUUGCUAUGGGGAUCGCCCAGUCUCUCGGCCCCGAUACUCCUUUCACAGCGCUGGCAGGAAGUGAGAUCUUCUCCCUGGAAAUGAGCAAGACGGAGGCGCUGAGCCAGGCGUUUAGGAAAGCCAUCGGUGUGAGGAUCAAGGAAGAGACAGAGAUUAUUGAAGGAGAAGUGGUGGAGAUCCAGAUCGACCGCCCAGCCACUGGAACUGGUGCCAAAGUGGGUAAACUGACUCUAAAGACGACCGAGAUGGAGACAAUAUACGACUUAGGAAACAAGAUGAUCGACAGCCUCAGUAAAGAGAAGGUCCAGGCCGGAGACGUCAUCACUAUCGACAAAGCCACCGGAAAGAUCAGCAAGUUGGGACGUUCCUUCACCAGAGCCAGAGAUUAUGACGCCAUGGGAGCUCAGACGCAGUUCGUCCAGUGUCCAGAAGGGGAGCUGCAGAAGAGGAAAGAGGUGGUCCACACCGUUUCCCUCCAUGAGAUCGACGUCAUCAACAGUCGGACUCAGGGCUUCCUGGCGCUGUUCUCCGGAGACACCGGCGAGAUCAAGUCUGAAGUCCGCGAGCAGAUCAACGCUAAAGUGUGCGAGUGGAGAGAAGAGGGAAAGGCCGAGAUCAUCCCAGGGGUUUUAUUUAUUGAUGAGGUCCACAUGCUGGACAUCGAGUGUUUCUCCUUCCUGAACCGAGCCCUGGAGAGCGACCUGUCCCCGGUUCUGAUCAUGGCCACCAACAGAGGCAUCACUCGUAUCCGUGGAACCAACUAUCAGAGUCCACACGGAAUCCCCAUCGACCUUCUGGACCGCCUGCUCAUCAUUGCCACCUCGCCCUACAACGAAAAGGAGACCAGGCAGAUCCUGAAGAUCCGGUGCGAAGAGGAGGACGUGGAGCUGACGGAGGAGGCUCAGACCAUCCUGACGCGCAUCGCCCUGGAGACGUCGCUGCGUUACGCCAUUCAGCUGAUCAGUACGGCUGCCCUGGUGUGUCGCAAACGCAAGGGGACGGAGGUUCACGUGGACGACAUAAAGAAAGUGUAUGCUCUGUUCCUGGACGAGGCCCGCUCCUCCCAGUACAUGAAGGAGUACCAGGAUUCAUUCCUGUUCAACGAAACACAGUCCACUUCCAUGGACACGUCCUAACGUCCACUGUUCUGUCAAACAUUCUGAUUGGUGGUCAUCCUCCUGUCGUCCAAUCAGAACGGAGUUUCUCUUCAAUAUGAAUUAGAAUGAAAUCCAUUCAUUUUUCUGCCAUUUGACCCCUUUGUUUUCUUCACGUUUAAUUCUAUUCUUCACUUUUGUUGCAUAAAUGCCUGAAUUUAAAUCCUGUGCAGCGUCGUGGCCUUUUUGCAGAACAUCCAUUCAUUCCCUCAGUUUGUUUUUUGUCCAGUUUCCUUCUGUUUAUUUUGGUGAAAAUAAUUAAACCGGUUUUUCUACUUGGA